AUAUAAAGUCGUUGCUUCAGUGCAAAUUCAGCAGCUCACCUCGACAUCAGCAGAACGAACUUUAUAAUUAAACCAACACAUUAAAAUCUCCAUAAAAGUCCUCAAGAUGGCUCUUGGAAACAUCUGCUUUCUCUUUUUCACGGCGCUGGUAGCCGUCAACAUAAUUUUUGCUGAUGAUUCUCUCCUAUCGGACGCCGAUCAAAUCGACCUUACCGAGAGUGUCUCUCGACAAACAAGACAAGCUCUAACUCCUUGCAACUACACUGCUACGCCUGGUUCCUACUGCGCAAGCUGCAGACAGGCUGUUCGGUGCCUGCGCAACGGCAAUGGAAUUGUGCGUCGUUGCGGGGGAUUCUUGCCGUACUGCAACGGUGGUCGCUGUUCCUUCACCGCCGGCCCUGCCUGCAACGGCACUACCACUGGCUAAACGGGCAAUGAGAGUUGCUCGCUACGCUGUCCCAAUUCCACAAGAAAAUAAACAACGCAACGAAUUUAUCCAUUUUCACUAGAUUUUUUUGUAUAAUGAUCCUAUUCUUUUAUUAAAAUAUCUACUGAAAUAUUAGCUUAAUAAUGGUUUUACUCAAUAAUGAAUUGCCUUAUAAUUUAAUCAGGGAACAUUUAUAUCACAUACAAAAGCACAAAUAAAACAAGAAUGUAA